AUUAUUUACAGAUUAGCCCGCCUUACUUUUUUCAGCUAUUUUUGUUUCGUAUCUUUAGGCGUCCACUAUCUUAGAAAUUAGGUACAUUUUGGUAAAAUGGCUCCACUUACCAGAAUGUUAACAUUGAAGAAAUUCAUCCCAAGAAUGCAAAUGAGAAGUCUUUCAACGUCAACCAACCUUGAAAGUGAUUAUUUACAUAAAAGCAUUUUGCCAAGUUACCAUUUUCAAAAUUGUCUUCCGAGAUUACCAAUCCCAAAGCUAGAGGAUACUAUGCGACGGUACGUGACAUCUCUAGAAGCUCUUGAAGGACAUCCCGAGAUUAGUGCUCAUGAUAUUGAGUCUACGAAACGCGGAGUUUACUCUUUUUUACAAAGUGAAGGCCAAAGGCUGAAUAAAAUAUUGAUUGAUACAGAUAAUGCAAACCAACAUACUAAUUACAUCUCGAAACCAUGGUUUGAUAUGUACUUAGAAAGCAGAUUGCCACUCCCUCUGAACUACAACCCAUUCAUGGUAAUAAAUCGAGACGCAAAUGAAGCAUUAAAUAAUCAGCUAGUGCGUUCAACAAACCUGAUUAUUUCCACAUUGCGGUUUUAUAAAACUUUGAAAGAUGAAGUCCUGAUGCCAGAAGUUUUCUACACCAAACAAACAGCGAAGUCACCUCUUGUACAAAACAUGGUCAAGUUUCUACCAAAUGCUUUCAAUCUGCGGUACAUGCCAAUGUAUUUGUCUGGUGCCUACCCAUUAGAUAUGAGCCAGUAUGGGAAUCUAUUUUCAUCCACUCGUAUUCCUGGGGUUGGGAGGGAUCGAUUACGGACCUUCCCAAAGAGCAAGCAUCUUGUUGUCUUACGAAACGGCCAUUUUUAUACGUUUGAUGUUUUAGAUGAAAAUAACAACAUCCUUCCUGUGGAGAAUAUUAUGCAAAAUUUGAAAUCGAUCUUAGAAGACAAAGUGGCCAAACCUCAACAUGAAUUGGCUUAUCUAUCAUCAGAAGAUAGAGAUACUUGGGCGAAUGCAAGAGAGCACUUGCUUCAAUCUGGUAAUGUCACUCAAAUUGGAUCAAUCGAUUCAGCCAUAUUUUGUCUUGUGUUAGAAGAUCAGAAUUGUGAUGUUACAAACAUUGACCAAACAACAAGCAUGUUUCUAUAUGGAGAUGGAGGUUCUCGAUGGUACGACAAAAGCUUUUCCUUAGUUGUUGCAAAAAAUGGUGAAACUGCAAUCAAUUUUGAACAUGCUUGGGGUGAUGGGGUUGCGGUAGUUCGAUACAUGAAUGAAAUUUAUGAUGACACCAUCAAUAAUCCUAGAGUAACUUCCCCUGAUUUCAUUGAGACAACUCCCAAAGUUCAAAGGUUAGAAUUCAACUUGGAUGAUCAAGCAAAAUCUACAAUAGAGAAUGCCAAAGCAAGGUAUAUAGCAGACACUGGGCGUCUGAAAGUUGCUGGACAAAAGUACGAUAAAAUGAGCAAGGAGUAUUUGAAAGCGAAAAAAAUUUCACCUGAUGGUGUUUUGCAGCUCGCAAUCCAAAUUGCUCACAGACGUAUGUAUGGGUAUCCAGCACCAACUUAUGAAUCAUCCAGUACUUCAGCAUUUAAGCAUGGCCGUACAGAAACAGUCCGCUCUUGCACUGUAGAAGCCCAAGCCGUUGCUAAAUACAUCACAGAAAAAGGUCUCAAUGAUACAACCAACUUAUCAGAGUUGAAUACUCUUAUUAGGGAAAGCUGUAAAAAGCAUAAUUCUCUUACUUUUGAAGGAGCAAUGGGGCUUGGAUUCGAUCGACAUAUGUUUGGUCUGAAAUAUACAGCAGCUCAAACGAUGGGAAAACUGCCGAAUAUUUUUGAAGACCAUGUCUAUAAGGUGAUGAACCAUAUUAUUUUGUCAACUUCUACGCUUGACACAAAUUCCAUCGCAGUGGGAGGAUUCGCUCCGGUGGUUCCAGAUGGGUUUGGCAUUGGAUAUGGAUGCAGAAUUGACCAUCUUGGCUGCAAUAUCACGAGUUAUGAAAAGGAUGUUCAGAAGUUUGUUGAUACUAUAAUGGAAUCUUUUGAUAAUAUAAGGACUGUACUAGAAUCACAGUAAAUUCAAAGUUUUUUCAAACAGUAUAUCAGUUUAUAUCAUGUGUUAUUUCACCAAAAUCGAGCCCAAUAAUUUUUGGGAAUGUUGAAGUGCUUUCAUUUAUUCAGGACUAAAGUAUGCCAACAUAUAGGCCUACAUGAUAGUUGAUUCAAAUAUUUUUAUUUAAUCUUUGUCAUUAUUGAGACAAUGAACAUGUUAUUAAUAAUUGAGGAAUGCUAUUGUAGUGUAAGGGGUACGACCAUGUGUUGCCUACUCAGGUGCAUAUCAUAUUCCUCCUCUGCCUAAACUAGUUAAUAUGAAGGCAAUUUGAAGCAUUGCAGCAAGAGUUUUACCAUGAAAUAGACCUCGGGCUUUGAUUCUAGCUACGACCUCACACCAUAAUCACUAACAUCAGGAAGAUCUAUGCUAUGGGGUAGUAGUUAUUGCGGCAUAGCACUAGCUUAAUAGCGCCGAUUAAAAGGUUGUGCUGGUGCUCUGUUUUUUUCACUUUGUGUGGAGCCAAAAUAUAUGAAAUUAUAAUAAUCUAUGAACAAAAUAACUCAUUCUCAGUGAGUAUGAACAAUUCCAAUAUAUAUUAUUUAUGGCAUUGGCAAUGUAUCAAAAAAAUCAAAAUACAAUAAUAUCUAAAAUUCAAAAAUCAAAAUAUAACAUUAUUUAAAGUUAAUUGUUAAAUUUGUCAUAUUUUGAAUUUACUGAAAAAUAUGAUUUGCUGAGAAUAUAUGAAAAUCCAAAUUAAUUGCAAGUAGAAUACUGAAGGCCUCUUUAUUGAUAUUCCUAAGUGAAUGACAAAAAAAAACUAAAUAACAAAUUCAUUCAUUUUUUUUAUAUCUCAAGUACAAUCUUCAUCAUAUGUAUUACCAAUUUUUAAAAUGAUAUUACCGGUACUUUGCUGCUGGAAUAGAUUUUCCAGUUUGUUUCGGAGUUUUCUAUCCUGUGUUCCCAAAGUUCAUAUUAUCUUGCAAACUAUUCUAAAAUAUUCUCUAAAUUUCUUAUUUUGGUUUCAACUUUCAAAAAGUAAAUUGAUUCUAACUUAAUUUUACACUGUACUAGUAAAUUGUGAUUCUUAUAUUAUAGUUAAAAUUGUUAUAUUUGCAUAUAGGAUGAAUUUGUAACAUGUUUUUUAAAAGUGUUCACCCAAGGUCGCGUAGUAUGAGAAAAUUUAUAUCAGAAUACAAUCCUGAGCUAUUCAAAAAAUGACUCCAAAUCCUUGCUUAUAAAAAUAUUGGCUCUGACCUGAGGGUUGAAAGCUCCAAACUCCAAUAAAACCGAAUAUUUUGGCAUGUGAAAGCCUUUUUUAAAUGUCUCUUGAGAAUGUCACUAACCAGUCUUUUUUCUAGUCACUAGUCAGUGCUUAUUUAGUUUCUGUCAAAAAUUUUGAUUUCAAUUAUCACCAUCAGAAGUACGAAAUUCCAAUUCAAAGACUCCUGACUGUAGAGAGCUACGAAUUCAAUAUCAAUGAAAAUAUGCCACAAUCCCGACUACACAGCCCUGGUUGUGCCUACACUCUUUCUCAAGUAGCUUAUAGGGCUUUGACGGCUGUUUUAAACAUAACGUAAUACAGGGUGUCCAUUUACAAUUUCAAUUUUGUUAUGAAGUCCGUUCUCAAUAUAUCUUAACCAGGUUUGUUGUUCAUUUAAUCAGUAAUUGCUUAAGUAAUUUUACUUCAUUCAAUACAUCUGUGAGGGCCAAAACAAUAUAUGGUAUGGAUAAAUUUUCUUCGCAAUUUAACAAAUUUUUAAUUAAGACCCUAUGGACACCUUAUAUUUCUGGUUUAUCAUUACCUGCUCAGUUGUGAAUGAUGAGACAAGUUAACUUGGUUAUCUGCACCAUCUUUAAACUCGGGCAUGGAUUAUUUAGACACUAGUUCCUUAUGCAUAAAAUGCAUGUUAAAUAAACUGUUCCUUUUUAAGGUUUGUUUUCUACACAUUGAAGUUCAAAUAUCAACUAGGUUUAAUUUUCCUACUCUGCAAUUACGUCACAAUAUAUACAUCACAAGCUUGCUACAAUGUCAGAUUUACUAAUUGAUAUGUCCCAAAUAUAGUUUGAAAUGAUGACUGCUAGUCUGCUAAUCCGUCCAACCCACUGUCAAAAUAUAUAUUUUUGGGGAGUAUUUCUACAGACAGCGAAGAUUUUUCAAGAAUUUAGAUAACUUUGUCCAAGUAGAUCAACAGAAUUUGUGUAUGUUCCAAUUUUCUAUUAUAAAUUUAUUUUCAAUAAUUUUCUUGCUAUUCAAUAUUCUAUUUGAUUGUUUUUCUGCAG